AUGGACGACGGCGGCAAGACCCCGGAACCAGCCACAGCAACACCACAACAACCCCCAACCUCCGGUCCAGAUCCAAUCCCCGACGGCGGCCUGACAGCCUGGUUGCAAGUGGUCGGGUCGGCCGCCAUCCUGGUCAACACGUGGGGCGUUAUCAACACCUUUGGCGUGUUCCAAGCGUACUACGAAACCGACCUCCUCCGCGACCACUCGUCGUCCGACAUCUCGUGGAUCGGCUCGACGCAGGCGUCACUGCUCUUCCUCGUCGGCGUCGUCGCCGGGCCGCUCUACGACAUGGGCUACUUCCGGCACCUGCUGUUCGUGGGCCUGUUCCUGAUCGUGUUUGGCCAGUUCAUGACGUCGCUGUGUACCGAGUACUGGCAGGUCAUGUUGGCGCAGGGCAUCAGCCAGGGAGUGGGCAUGGGCCUGACCUUCUUGCCGUCGGCGGCCAUCCUGGGGCAAUACUUCUCGCGGCACCGGGCGCUGGCGCUGGGCCUGUCGAGCGUCGGGUCGCCCGUGGCAGGGACCGUGUUCCCGAUCCUCUUCAGCCGGGUGCUGCCCCGCGCUGGGUUCGGCUGGGCUACCCGGGCCAUCGCCUUCAUCCUGCUGGGCGUGUCGGCGGUCCCGAUCGCCUUCAUGCGCACGCGGGUGCCGCCCACGAGCAAGAGGGUGCUGGUGGACCGGACCGUGGUGAGGGACGUGCCAUACCUGCUGUUCGUCGCCGGCGGGCUGUUCGCAUUCCUCGUCCUGUACGUUCCGUUCUUUUAUAUCACGCUCUUCGCCACGUCGCACCAUGUCACGAGUGACAGCUUCGCGCCGUACCUGGUCACGUUGCUCAACGUCGGGUCCAUCUUUGGGCGCAUCGUUCCCAACGCGCUCGCCGACCGCUGGGGGUCGAUGAACAUCAUAAUCGCGUGCGCGUUUUGCAGCGCGAUCCUGAUCUUUGGCUGGCUGGGGAUUCACGACCUGGGGGGCGCCGUGGUGUAUGCGCUGCUCUUUGGAGCCUUCUCCGGCGGCGUGGUUUCCCUUACACCGAGCGUGCUUGUCGGGCUCUCUCCCGACAUGGGGCGCAUGGGAGCUAGGAUGGGGUUGGCCUUUGUGAUCUCGGGCAUAGCGAUCCUCGUGGGGACCCCGAUCGCCGGGGCAAUUCUGGGCACCGAAGAGAGUCCCCAAUGGUUGGGGACUAUGCUAUAUGCGGCGUUUGGACUUCUGGUGGCGACCGUGUUCUAUUCGGCGUCGAGAAUCCUGUUGUAUGCACGGAGUGGUAACCUCAAGGCUUGA